ACAUUCGGUCUUCACUUACCUUUAUGUUAUCGCCGCCAUCCUCUGUCAGGUCGCAAUUUCAAUGAUCGGCAAUCAUGCCAUCUUGUUGCCGAGGCGAAGUUCGACAGUGAAAUGCUAUCGACAGAGCCAGUACCUUAUAGAGAGCAGCCGCAGUUUGAGCAAGAAUUGGCCUGGGAGCUUGACAAACGAAGUUUUCGUCAGCACAAACUACAAAGGAGUUCUAUAAAGCUUCAGUUCUUCGCGGUCGAGAACAAGACACCUGUUAAAGAGCCUCUUGGAUAUGUGGUUCUAGACAUCCGCUCGGCAUCCUCUAAAAAAAAUCCAAAAUGGUGUCAAAUUUUGCAUUCUAAGCAGAAGUCAUCUCCAGAAGUACUUAUCAGCCUAUAUCUUGAUUCUGAUGGAACAGAACUGGUUGGAGAUACUUCUGCCAAAAGCGGUUUGUUCAGUUAG